AUGGCGUGGCGAUGCUCAGGCUCCACUAACAAGGAGCUGAUCGAGAACAUGUCGAGGCACAAACUCAUCAGUGAUGAGCGCGUCAAGGAAGCUUUCAUAAAGGUUGAUCGCCGCCAUUAUGCCCCAUCCCAGCCUUAUGAAGACUCGCCCCAGUACAUUGGCUACCAAGCCACCAUAUCCGCUCCCCAUAUGCACGCCAUGGCCCUAGAGCAUCUAAUCUCCUUCUUGAUGCCGUCCGCUGCAUCGCCAGCGCCCCGUGCCCUCGAUAUUGGUUCCGGCUCGGGCUACCUGACUCAUGUCAUGGCGGAGCUGGUUGGCCCACGCGGGCUGGUAGUCGGCGUCGAGCACAUCAAUGCGCUGCGAGAUAUGGGCGAGGCCAACAUGCGCAAGAGCGCAGAGGGCAGGCAGCUCCUCGAUAGUGGCAAAGUCAAAUUUGUAGCGGCAGAUGGCCGAAAGGGCCUGUCUGAGCCAGCGCGCAAGGGCGAGGAGGAGUGCGGGACACACUGGGACGUCAUUCACGUAGGGGCGUCUGCUAGUCGAGUACACGAUGAGCUGAUCACCCAGCUUAAGUCGCCAGGAUGUAUGUUUAUUCCUGUCGAAGACGAGCAUGAUCGGGAUUCGCAGUACGUGUGGCGCAUUGAAAAGGACAAGGACGGCAACGUUUCGCGAAACAAGCUCUUCGGGGUGCGCUAUGUUCCACUGACAGAUGCGCCAAAGGAAGAGAUUUUCUAG